AUGGACAUCUUGCUGAUGUUGUUCUCUCUGUUGGUGCUUGGGUCACUAGGAAAGCCAACAGCGCUGGCAUCCGGAGUGAUAACAGGCCAGCAGAGCCCCGAGGGGAACUGGGCGCAACCAUCCCGUGCCGGUGCCACGCUUAAUGGCUGCCCGACGAGAUGCGGCAGCGUGAGCUUCAGCUACCCCUUUGGCAUCGGAUCCAGGUGUUCCCGGGGUCCCGACUUCAACCUCACUUGCAACGACACCGUUCAUCCCCCCAGACUGUUCUUGCGCGACGGCAUUACCGAGGUGAUCAUCUUUGAUGACCUUGACUCCAUCAAGGCCUCUUUCUCGCAUACCAUCCCCAUGAAAUCAGGUGUCAGUGUCUACAACUAUUCUUUGAAACCGCCCGGGAGGUCCUUCUCUCUUGGGUCCACUGUUCUAAAUAUUACCGGCUGUGGCCUAGAGGUAUACUCUGUUGUAGACUAUGCCACCACGUUGAAAUGCCGCACUGCGUGUCUGGAUCCAAGAAUCCCAGAGAUGGUGGCUAUGCACAACUGCAAAAAUACAUCCGGAUGCUGUCGUGUUAAUGGCUAUGGUAACGUCGAUUUUCUGUUCAAAUUUGGUUACAACCAUGGCAAAAGCAACAUUGAUGGACGCUAUAACCAGACCUCUCAACUAUGGGAUAGAAUCAGCAUAACUAGUGACAGGUCGAAUGACUUUCAGCUAUUGUGGAAGAUAGUUGACCAAUCCAACUGUGUUGCUGCCAAGCAAAACAGGACAAGCUAUGCCUGUAUUGGCAAGUAUGCUGAGUGCAUUGACAGUACCAGGUUAUUCUGUGGCAUCAAAGAUGCCGAGUGCAUUGACGGACGCCUUGGCUACAGCUGCAUUUGCAGCACUGCCUAUACAGGCAACCCCUACAUUAAAGAUGGUUGCUUCAAUGAUAGAGGAUAUAAUCCAAUUCCGAGCAGGGCUAAUUGUAUACGUUCGUGUGGUAACAUUAGUGUGCAAUUCCCAUUCGGCUUUGAGGAGGGUUGCUUUGCCAGGAAAGAGUUUCACCUCAACUGCACAAAUACGACAUCAUCAGCUGCCCUGGUCAUGUUGGACUUGUGGGAGAAACAGGUCAUUGACAUAAAUGUUGACGAAGGGACCAUUAAUGUCACCAUUAUUCCUGACCAAAAUUCUGCGAACUCCCUGUUUAUAUUAGAGCCUAACAGUCUUUUUUCUACAUAUGGGUUAUUUUUCUCUAUGAAAUGGGUUGCUGCUAAUCUAAGUUGCGCAGAGGCCGAACGGAAUAAAUCUGGAUAUGCUUGUGUGAGUACGAACAGCAAGUGCAUGGGAGUAAGUGCUGAAGGGGUCUAUGCUGGUUACCGUUGCAAAUGCUCAGAUGGCUUCCAAGGAAAUCCAUACAUCCAAACCGGUUGUCAAGAUAUUAAUGAAUGCCUUCAACCGAGCAAUUGUAACGGGACAUGCCAUAAUACCAGAGGAAGCUUUAGUUGUACUGAAUGUCCUCCCAAGACUAAGUAUGAUUCAUUAAAAAUGCAGUGUACUAAGAGGCAACAACCUCUGCUCUUAGGUAUAAUAAUUGGGUUAUCAUGUGGUUUGGGUGUCCUACUUCUGAGCUUCAGUGUAGUGCUUCUCACUCGUAGAUGGAAAAUAAACGUUCAAAAGCAACUACGGAAGAACUAUUUCCGAAAGAACCAAUGUCUUCUCCUAGAAACAUUGAUAUCAUCUGAUGAAACUGCAAAUGAUAAUACAAAGAUUUUCUCGUUAGAAGAGCUAGAGAAGGCAACAAACAACUUUGACCCUGCACGUAUCAUCGGACGUGGGGGGCAUGGCAUGGUUUACAAAGGCAUAUUGUCUGAUCAACGUGUUGUUGCAGUAAAAAAGUCUAAGGUCAUUGAGCAGUCUGAGAUCAGUCAAUUUAUCAAUGAGGUUGCAGUCCUCACCCAGAUAAAUCACAGAAAUAUUGUGAAGCUCUUUGGAUGUUGUCUCGAAACCGAGGUUCCAUUGCUGGUGUAUGAUUAUGUAUCCAGUGGCUCACUGUCUGAAGUUCUUCAUGCAGAUGAAAGUGAUGGUUUUUCUUUGUCUUGGGGUGAUUACUUAAGGAUUGCCCUGGAAACAGCAGGAGCUCUAUCUUAUCUGCACUCUUCAGCUUCAAUAUCAAUCUUCCAUCGUGACGUCAAAUCCUCAAAUAUACUCUUGGAUGUGAACUACACGGCUAAAGUGUCAGAUUUUGGCGCGUCCAGAUUGGUUCCAGUCGAUCAAACACAUAUUGUUACGAAUGUGCAAGGUACAUUUGGGUACUUAGAUCCAGAGUAUUUCCAUACCAGGCAGCUGAACGGGAAGAGCGACGUGUACAGUUUUGGUGUGGUACUAGUGGAGUUGCUUCUGAGAAUGAAGCCUGUUUUCACAAGUGAAUCAGGCAUAGUCAAGAGCUUGUCAAACUAUUUUCUGCAGGAGUUCAAUGAGGGGAGAAUCAUAGGUAUUGUUAAUUCUCAGGUCCUUGAGGAGGCAACCGAGGAAGAGAUCAAUGGUGUUGCCUCUCUUGCAGAGCGGUGCUUGAGGCUACACGGCGAAGAAAGACCAACCAUGAAACAGGUGGAGACCGAACUGCAGACUAUACUUACAAAACGGAUGAACUCAUCUCAGCCUGAUCCGAGAAAUGGAGAGCAGAUGCAACCAAGGUCGUUAACUCAAAGAAGUAGAUCUGCUCGGCAAUUGUCCGCACAGCCAGGAGGUAGCCAACGACGCUAUAGCUUGGAGGCAGAGUUCUUGUCAUCUGCUAGCCUACCACGCUAG